GCGACAGUCGCUACAGUUGCUGACCUGGCAGGAGCUGCAGCAGUUUUUCUUCCUCAAGAUCACCCUUUCUAUGGGACGGCUCUGGAGGAAACCAGGGAGUAGGGGAGCCGAGGGAAAUGAGGAAAAUAAUUUAAGAGUAACAUUUCCAGGAAGGGUGAGAGAGGAAGAAAUCAAAAGUGAAACUAAUAGUGCCAAAGGGGUGGACCUUCAAACUGCUGAUUGAGAGGAGAAGCCAUUGUUAUUUUGUCAUAGUGCAUAUCACGGCACGGUGGCUCUUUCAGACUGCAACGGAAGUCUUGGUUCAGAUCCAAAUCCUGAUGUGAAAUGAGUACAGAUUUCCGCAAACUGCUUUUUGAAGUUUCUGAGGCUUUGGUGACAGAGGAACUGUCAGCUCUUAAAUUCCUCAGCCUGGACCAUGUCCCCAGGAGGAAGUUGGAAGCCAUCCAUGAGCCCAAGGCCUUCUUUGAAGUGCUGCAGGAGAAAGACAUGAUCGGGGCAGGGAACCUGUUCUUCCUGAAGGAGCUGCUCUACCGGAUCCAUCGGAUCGACCUCCUGGCUACCCCCCUGGGCUGCAGCCGCGAGGAGAUGGAGAGAGAGCUGCAGCUCCCGGGCAGGGCACAGGUGUCAGCUUACAGGCAACUGCUGUAUGGAAUUGCAGAAGACUUGACUUCAGAAGAUGUCAGAAGUGUGAAGUUCCUGCUCCAAAAACAAUUACCAAAAAACAAGCUCCAGGAAAAUGCUUCAAUGUUGCAGGUCUUUCUGGAAAUGGAAUUAAAAGGGAUAAUUAAAGAAGAUAACAUGACAAUGCUGAAAGAUAUAUUAAAGAGAUUUAGAGCUGACAUAAAGAAAAAAAUUGAUGCCUAUGAAGAAAAAGAAAAAGAAAAUUAUUCUAGGGAAGAAGUCCGCUAUCCUGUGUGUGUGUCUGCACAUCCAGAGGAACAAGGAGCAGAGGGGGAGGCAACAAAACAGCAUGGGAUGUUAUAUAAGAUGAAAAAUAACCCCCAUGGUUACUGUUUAAUUAUUAACAACCACAUUUUUAAAAAUCCAAAUUACAAUAGAGAGGGAACAUUGCAAGAUGGAGAGGCUGUGAAGAGGGUCUUUACGUGGCUUCAGUUUGAGACAGCUGAGUACAUGGAUCUAGAAGGAAAAAAAAUAUAUGAGACAGUUAAAGAAUACAGCAAGAAAGAUCAUAGAAAUAUGGACUGCUUUGUUUGCUUCAUUUUCUCCCAUGGUGAAAAAUACAAAAUAAAAGGUGUUGAUGAUAAGUGCGUAAACAUUGACGAUUUAGUCUCCUGCUUCACUGGAACUAAUUGUCCUUCUCUUGCUGGCAAACCCAAGGUGUUUAUCAUCCAGGCUUGCCAAGGCUCUGAACGUCAUCCGGCUGUUGCAGUAGAAUCAGACUCUUCUGGACAGCUUGAGGUGGAUGCUAGUCCUUUGACUUCCAUUCCUGAUAAGGCUGAUAUUCUGAUUGGCAUGGCUACAGUGGAGGACUGCUUGGCCUACCGCAGUUGUGAGACUGGCAGUGUUUACAUUCAAUCCCUCUGUGAGAAGAUGAAGUUGCUUUGCCCACGGCGCUUUGAUCUCGCAUCCAUCCUGACAGAAGUGAACAAUGCAGUGGCAAGAAAAGAAUUAGGAGGAUCUAAGCAGAUGCCAAAGAUAACAUCAACACUACUGAAGAAACUGAUCUUUGAAGUUCCACAAUGAAAAGCAGACAAGUAAGAAUACAUGCGGUUACGAAUGACAUCUGGGCUUUGACAGGGAAGAGAAUUUACAUGAGAAACUGUCUGGAGUAGCCCCAGCCCUUUAAGGAGGCAUAGGACCUAAAUUUUCCAACUUCCAUAUUGAAUCAGUCUUCCAACACCUGGAUCUGUGUCAGUUGGGUAAGGCUGUAGGAAACUAGAGACCAUCAGGGUUUUUAUCUUGCAGAAGCAGUGGAAUAUGUUCAGUCUGGGUUUCAAGUGCAAAAGGACUUUCAAGUAGUACUGUGAAAGUUAUUGGAAAUGUCAGUGAGGUCUCAUUUGUGUCUGAGUUAAGUCCUAAAAUCUGCAAAAACAGAACAAAUUCAGAAAGCCAGAUGCAUUCCCAAGCAGCUGGGUAACUGCCUUACCCAGAGGUGAAUCAUUGUCUGUCUUUGGAAGAUAUAAAUGUUCAUGGAAAAUAACAUCCUACUCCAGAAGGACCAAAACCCCAUUAUUAUGUUAGUUUGGUUCUUUUCUUCUAAAUAUUUUGUUUGCUUUAUGUCAAUCAUUUACUUGAAUAAUAAGCCCAUCUGAGUAACUUUUUUAAUAUUGAAUGUUCUCACUUUGCUAUUUCUCAGAGCUCUCAGGGCACAGUGUGUUUUGAAUGAUUGUGGAAUACUGGAAGGAACUCUGUAAUCAUGUUUCUGUUAGAAUAAAUUCUCUUGGUUUUUAUAUCACCUCA